AUGAGUCAGAAAGGACUGAUUUAUAGCUUUGUUGCAAAAGGUGCGGUUGUUUUAGCAGAGCACACAUCAUAUUCGGGGAACUUUAGCACCAUUGCUGUACAAUGCCUGCAGAAGCUUCCUCCAAAUAGCAGCAAGUACACAUACUCAUGUGAUGGGCACACAUUCAAUUUCCUCAUUGACAGUGGAUUUGUGUUUCUCGUAGUUGCGGAUGAAUCCUCCGGGAGGGGUAUGCCAUUCGUGUUUCUUGAGCGAGUAAAAGAUGAUUUUAAACAACGCUAUGGAGCAAGCAUCCAGGAUGAGACACACCCCCUUGCUGAUGGAGAUGAAGAUGAUUAUUUGUUUGAGGACCGAUUUAGCGUUGCUUACAAUCUUGACAGAGAAUUUGGGCCCCAACUUAAGGAGCACAUGCAAUAUUGUAUGAACCAUCCAGAAGAAAUAGGUAAGCUCUCCAAAUUGAAGGCUCAAAUCACUGAGGUCAAGGGGAUCAUGAUGGACAAUAUUGAGAAGGUUUUGGAUCGUGGAGAGAGAAUAGAACUUUUGGUAGACAAAACAGAAAACCUACAGUUUCAGGCUGACAGCUUCCAAAGGCAAGGGAGGCAAUUACGACGAAAGAUGUGGCUGCAGAAUCUCCAAAUGAAACUGAUGGUAGUAGGUGGAAUCAUUGGCCUGAUCGUGAUAGUGUGGCUUAUAGCUUGUCGAGGUUUCAAAUGCUGAAUUGUUUUCCUUUCAACUCUUCUAAUUUUCUCCAGAUGUACAAAAAUUGUAUCCGUGCUUGGAUUCAGACUGUUUCUGUUACUGUAAUUAGAAUUGUAUCUGUAAUUCCAUAAUUUAACCUCCAACUUCCUGAUAAUGGUUAUGUUAUAUGGCCUAGCUAACAUUGUAAAGGAA